AUGAGCACUGCCUCUGGAUUGCGUACAUGGAGCUUCAGAUUUGCUUCGAGCACGGGGUGGACGCCAUUUUUUUCUGGUCUCAGGAAGAGAAGACGCAUUCCGCCUUCUUCUCGGCAGAGGAAACUGUUUGCGGCCGCCUCUGCUGAUUCUGGGCGGACGGCGAGGGGGAGGAGCAAGGUCGUUGUCAUAUCUGGCCCAACUGGGGCGGGCAAGAGCAGGCUUGCGUUGGAACUAGCCAAGAGGGUCGGCGGGGAGAUCAUCAGCGCCGACUCUAUACAGGUUUACCGCGGGCUUGAUGUCGGCUCGGCGAAGUCUCUGAUCAGUGAGAGGGAAGAGGUGCCCCAUCAUCUGAUCGACAUCAUGGAUCCUUCUGAGGAAUACUCCGUCGGUCAGUUCUUCGACGACGCGAGAGGCACAACAGAGGAGAUUCUUGAGCGCGGUGGAGUGCCCAUCGUCGUCGGAGGGACGGGACUGUAUCUGCGCUGGUACAUCUACGGAAAACCCGAUGUUCCCGUCGCCACGAAGGAGAUAUCCGGCGAAGCGAGCUCGCAGAUCAUGCACUUGCAGGAGUCCGGGCGAUGGGAGGAAGCCGUGGACCUGGUGGCGGAGGCUGGCGACCCUAAUGUUCGCUCUCUGCCUCAGAACGACUGGUACAGGUUGAGACGAAGCCUGGAGAUUAUCAAGUCCUCUGGGUCGCCACCAUCGGCCUUCCCCGUCCCAUACGAAUCCUUCAAGAAGCAGCUGAUCUCGAGUCCGUCGAGCCAGAGGAGCGACGGCGCUGCUGAUGCUCUCCGAAGUCUCGACUACGAUUUCAUAUGCUUCUUCCUUUCGACGCCUCGGCUGGACCUCUACAGAUCAAUCGACCUGAGGUGCGAGGAGAUGAUCGUGGAGUGCCCCGGGAUCUUGUCGGAAGCCUCGUGGCUCCUCGACCAGGGUCUCCUUCCGAAUACCACCUCUGCAACUCGGGCGAUCGGGUAUCGUCAAGCCAUGGACUACCUCCUCCAUUGUAGGCACCUGAGGGGCCAGUGCUCCCCAGGAGACUUCUACGCCUUUCUUGGAGAAUUCCAGAAAGCCUCUCGGAACUUCUCCAAGAGGCAGAUCACUUGGUUCCGCAGCGAGCAGAUUUACCAGUGGCUCGAUGCUUCGAAACCCAUGGAGGACGUGCUCAGCUUCAUCUGCGACUCAUUCCAUGACCCGUCUGGGAAGUUGACGGUGCCCGGACCUCUCAGAAUGAGAAAGGAUGUCUCCAGCCGCCAGGAAAACUACGAACUCAAGUCCUACCGUCCUGAGAAGAGGAUCUUCGUUAAUGGAGAGGACUGUUCUCGGAUUCUCGACUGGAUACGGAAGACGCAACAGAGAUAA